UAAAAACGCAAAACAAACUGUCUGAUAUGCGUUGAACAAUGAACAGAAUGGCUGUUGCGACUUUCUUUUCUACCCUUCUUCAGUUGUUCACGUCAUUGCUUUGAUUUUCAUUCAGUCACUGAAUCAACCGAUAACUAAAAUAUAAUCCCCUCGAUCAUUUCAGUUCUCAAUCCGUCGCGCACUUUCUUCCAUGAUUAUGGACAGCAGCUCGUCCUCUCCAUCUUCACCAACUCCUUCAGGUAGAUUCAAGCUUUAUGACCAGUUAGAAUUGCACGAAUUUCAAGACAAGUACGUCAUCAAAUCUGUUGAAUCUCCUAACCGAGGUUUCUCCAUUGGACGUAGCGAUGGCAACAUCGAGCCACUUAAUACAGAUGAUACAAUUUCUGGAACUCCGUCAAAACCCUCGAUAAUCUACGGAGUAGCUGGUACAAUUAGACUGGUUGCAGGUACAUACAUACUUGUAAUAACUUCGCGGGAGGAAGUUGGAAGUUUUCUUGGUUUUCCAGUUUUUAGGAUAGUGUCUAUGAAGUUUCUAUCCUGCAAUGAAUCAUUAAAGUUUUCGACUUCUCAAGAAAAAAGAGAUGAGGCUUACUUUAUGAAUCUGUUGAAAACAGUUGAAUCAACUCCUGGUUUGUACUAUUCAUAUGAAACAGAUAUAACACUGAAUUUACAGAGAAGAUGUAAAUUAGCAGAAGGGUGGAUGGGUAAACCAAUCUGGAAGCAGGCUGACCCUCGAUUUGUUUGGAACAAAAAUCUUUUGGAGGAAUUCAUUGAGUGUAAGCUUGAUGAGUUCAUCAUCCCCCUUCUCCAAGGAAGCUUUGGAGCUGCACAGCUGAAACUGAAAGAUAAACCUGCAACUAUCACGUUAGUUUCAAGAAGGUGUACUCGGCGUCUAGGAACCAGAAUGUGGAGGAGGGGAGCCAACCUUGAAGGAGAUACUGCAAAUUUUAUUGAAACCGAGCAGUUGUUAGAGCUCGGAGGUUUCAGGUCCUCAUUAUUGCAGAUUCGCGGUUCUAUUCCUCUUCUUUGGGAACAGAUUGUUGAUUUGAGCUAUAAACCACGAAUUAGAAUUAUCAAUCAUGAGCAAACAUCAAAAGUUGUAGAGCGUCAUUUCCAUGAUCUUCUCCAGCGAUAUGGGGGCGCUAUUGCAGUUGACUUAACCGAUAAACAUGGCGAGGAAGGGAAAUUAAGCUCAGCAUAUGCUGCAGAAGUGCAAAAGCUUCCAAAUGUGAGAUUUCUGUCAUUUGACUUUCAUCAUGUCUGUGGCAACUCAAACUUUGAUAACCUACAGAUCCUAUAUGAUCAAAUAUCCGAGGAUUUCGGGAACCAAGGAUACUUCAUUGUAGACCCAGAAGGAAACAUACUAGAGGAGCAGAAAGGCAUUAUUAGAUCUAACUGCAUUGACUGCCUUGAUCGAACAAAUGUUACCCAGAGUUUUCUGGCUCAGAAGUCUUUAAAUUUACAAUUGCAGAGGAUAGGAGUACUUAAUUCUAACGAGUGCAUUUCUAUAUUUACUGAAGACUAUGGAAAGUUCAGAACAUUGUGGGCCGAGCAAGGAGAUGAGAUAAGCCUAGAAUAUGCUGGAACUCAUGCACUGAAAGGGGACCUGGUUAGAUAUGGAAAACAGACUUUAGGGGGAGCAAUCAAAGAUGGUAUGAGUGCUCUUUCAAGAUAUUAUUUGAAUAAUUUUCAAGAUGGAGUUCGGCAGGAUGCAUUGGAUCUUAUAAGUGGCCACUACACAAUCAACAGAAAUGGUCCUUCACCAUUCCAGCUUAAUGGAUUCGAAUCAUUCUCUUAUCUUCCUGUGGCAUCAGCUUUGGUAAUUGGAGGUUUGACAUUGACUACGUUCACCGUUCAGCAAGCCGGGCGAAAUGCACAACAAUAUUUAUCGACUGUGCUGUGGGCUGGAGUGACUGCGGGAGUCAUGGCGGUUGUUAAAGCUAAUGGAAGGCAGUUCUGUUCUAGGCCUCGCUUGUGUGGCCUUCUAUAAGUUAUUUUCAACUCUUCUUUCUUUCUUUGUUUUCUUUUUUUGCCACUCAAGAUACUUGUACAAAAUGUAUUCUCUUGUAACUUAUAAGAAAUAAUCCUCGUUAUUCUUCAAUUAAA